AUGGCAGAGGCCGUCGUUGAAGAAACUAAAGACCCUAAAAGUGGAGCCGAUAUUUUAAAGAUGCCGGGUCAAGAUCAUGUAAAAUUUGGAGUACUGAUAGGUCUAGUCAAAGUUGGUGAAAUCUCCAAUAAAGAAGUGGUCGACACUGUUUUGCAUUUGUUAGUCGGAGGGGAGUUUGACAUGGAGACUAACUUUAUAAUAGCAGACCCAGAGAACGUUCUCCAUAUGCAAGAGUUAAUGGAUUGUUGCAAUGACACAUUACAGGCUGAGUUGUGGAGCGUCUUUACAGCAAUACUUCGGAAGAGUACCCGCAACCUCCAGGCAUGUUUGGAGGUUGGCCUAAUAGAACACGCACUUGGGAGACUUCAAAAGGCUGAUGAAAUCAUAGCAGAUCUACUCAUAGAAAUGAUGGGAGUAUUAGCAAGCUAUAGUAUUACAGUCAAAGAACUGAAGAUUAUAUUUGCCAUGCUGAAGGGGAACAACAACAAAUGGCGCCAUCAUUCUGUGAAGCUCCUGAGUGUCUUAAAGCAGAUGCCUGAGAGGCAUGGCCCUGAUGAGUUCUUCAGCUUUCCUGGCAAGAAAGGCUCUGGUAUUGCACUGCCACCUAUAGCUAGAUGGCCGUACCAAAAUGGCUGGUCGUUUUCUACAUGGUUCAGAUUGGAUCCAGUCACGGGUGUCAAUAUAGAGAGAGAAAAACCCUAUCUUUACUGCUUUAAAACGAGCAAAGGGAUUGGUUACUCCUGUCAUUUCCUUGGAAAUGCUCUAGUGGUGACAUCUAUGAAAGUGAAAGGCAAGGGGUUCCAGCACUGUGUCAAGUUUGACAUUCAACCCAGAAAGUGGUAUAUGGUGACCAUAGUCCAUGUGUACAAUAGAUGGAGCAAGAGUGAAAUACGUGCCUAUGUUAACGGAGAGAUGGUUUCGUCAACUGACAUGACGUGGCUUGUAAACACAAAUGAUCCAUUUGAUAAAUGCUUCUUUGGCUCCACCCCCGAAAUGGAUAUGGACAAUAGUUUUUGUGGGCAGAUGUCAACAACCUAUGGAUUCACGGAGGCUCUCUCAUCGCAACAUAUAGCCGCUAUGUACCAACUAGGGGCAGAUUACAAGGGGCAAUUUAAGUUUGAUAAUGAGUGCACAGCAAAACUGUCGCCAACUAGUAGGAGUUUGGUUUAUGAUGGGAAACUGACUUCGGCCAUAAUGUUCAUGUAUAACCCUAUAGCCUGUGAUGGCCAGUUAUCUCUGGAGUCAUCCCCCAAAGGCAACCAAUCAUUCUUUGUUCAUACCCCACACGCCCUAAUGCAACAAGAGGUCAAGGCCAUCGUAACACAUUCCAUUCAUAGCACACUUCACUCAAUAGGUGGCGUACAGACCCUGUUCCCACUCUUCAGUCAAUUAGACCACUACCAGGAGCUUCAGGAUGGGUCACAAGGCAAAGUCGACUACACCAUAUGUGCCACGCUGAUGACAUUGAUUUGUGAUCUGUUAGAAAGUUCCGUCACUAUUCAACAGCAAUUCUUGCAGGCCAAAGGAUUCCUAGUCAUAAGCGAUAUGUUAGAAAAGGCCUCUCAGGAGCAUAUCAGUCUAUCUGUCCUUGAUGUGUUUCUGCGCCUGACAAAGUAUCUCACCAAUCUCCCAGCGGGGACGCCAUUAUUACGUCAGAUGUUUGACCAUGUGCUUUUCAAUCCAGCACUUUGGAUUCAUUCUCCCGUAGAGGUGCAGACAAAGUUGUAUGCAUUCCUUGCGACAGAGUUUGUGAAUGAUGCACAUAUUUUCAACAACAUACGACGCGUGUCGUCAGUCCUGCAGACAAUACAUACAUUGAAGUAUUACUACUGGGUUGUUAACCCUAAAGACCGGAGUGGAAUACUACCUAAAGGCACGGAUGGACCAAGGCCCGACAAGAAAUCAAUACUUGAGCUACGCGGCCAUAUGCUGAUGUACUUGAGGAACUUAAUCUUGAAGGGUGCGGGAAUACUUGACGAUGAGUUGCAGAGUAUUCUCAACUUUUUAACUACACUCCAUGAGGAUGACAAUAUUGAAGACGUCCUUCAGUUAACUGUCAGUUUAAUGGCGGAACAUCCUGCAUCAAUGGUGCCAUCUUUUGACAGAAAGGGAGGUGUGAGGACUGUGUUCAAACUCCUGGCGUCUGCCAAUGAGGGUAUCCGUCUGCAAUCUCUCAAGUUGCUGGGAUUCUUUCUCAUGCGCAGCACACACAUGCGUAAGGGUGACGCCAUGCAACAUCACAACCUGUUUUCACUAAUUGCCGAGCGACUCAUGCUUAACGCAGAUACGUUCCCUAUGCAGACCUAUAAUGGAUUAUUUGAGCUGUUGACAGAGAAAAUGAACCGUGAAAUUCAGUACUCACAACACAGUGAACCAGACUCCAAUUUGAAAAUGGAGAACCCAUUGGUGCUGAAAGUGAUUGCACAGUUGAUCAAACAGUCAAAGCAAUCAGAGGAACUCCAAAAUGUGAAAAAGGUGUUUUUGUCAGAUCUCACCAUCCUCUGUAACCACAAUAGAGAUAAUAGAAGGACUGUACUACAAAUGUCUGUAUGGCAAGACUGGCUGUUCUCUUUAGCGUACAUCUACCCUCGUAACCAGGACGAGUUUCGCAUCACUGAAAUGGUUAUGUCGCUGUUCCGUAUGUUGCUACACCAUGCCAUGAAACUGGAGUAUGGUGGUUGGAGAGUGUGGAUUGACACGUUAGCUAUAUUACAUUCCAAGGUGGCAUAUGAAGACUUUAAGAUUCGCGUGUCCAAUAUGUACCACCAGUAUGAACAACAGAGAGUGGACCAUCUAGACCCAGAAGAAAGGGCCACUAGACCCAUUAGCACAAUAUCAGGAGUGUUUGAGGAACAGCCACAGCCUCCAGUUGCUAAAAGCACUGCUACAAUCACUGAGAUCACUGAGUCGUCUGAUUCAAGCAUUCAGGCAGAGACACCUAGUGAGCAGAAUGGUGAAGUUGCCCCAUCAAGUGAGCAAGUUGAACAAACUUCAUCUGGAACUGAGGAAACACCUGUCAAGGAGGAAGAGCCUCUUAAUAAGGAAGAAAUCCAAAAUGGCCAUGAAGAAAAUCCGUCUGCUACUGUGAAGCAGGAAGAGACUAAUGCUCAGGAAUCAUCUCAAGAAGGGACUGUUGUUGAAAAUGGAACAGAUGACAGCCACAAUCAGGAAGACAAAAGUGAAGCUUAUGAAAAGCUUGGGUUAGCUCCAGGAACUGUUGAAUUUUUAAAUGAAGUCACUGAAAAUGUUGCCAUAAAAGCGGAAAAAGACAAUAUGGAAGAGACAAGUAAGCACAAAAUUGAUCAUAUUGAUCCAGAGGGAGGAAGUAUAGUUAAUGGAACAGCUGAACUCAGUGAAUCUGAACCUGUUGAAAAGGCAGAGGAUAAUAAAGAUGAAUGUGAUAAAACAAAGGAGGAAACUGACUCCAAUGAUGCAACUGGUCCUAUUGAAGAAAAUACUGAAAGUGUAUCUAGUGUGUCUGAGUCGCAAGAUUCCAGCGCAGUUGAUAGUGAACCAGUUGCUGCAGCUUCUAGUGAUUCCAAGGAGCCUGCAGCUAUAGCUAGUAAUCAGUCUAAGGGGCCUUCUCAAGAAAAUCAAUUAACCAAUGAAAACACUGCUUCAAGUUCUAAUGUAUCGCCACAUACUAAACCCACCAAUUUGCAUAUCAAUGAACAAAGGUCACCCGAUGUGGGUCAACGGAUUUAUAGUCCUGGACCUCGUGCCCCGCCAUUCCGUAUCCCAGAAUUCAGCUGGUCUUUCCUACAUCAGAAACUGCUCUCUGAUUUGCUGUUUGCACUAGAAACUGACAUUCAAGUCUGGAAAACCCAUAGUACAAAGACUGUCAUUGACUUUGUCAAUGCCUCAGAGAACCAUAUUUUUGUCGUAAAUGUGACGCACAUGAUAUCUCAGUUGACGGACAGUCUCAUCACAGCAUGUGGAGGGUUGCUCCCUCUAUUGGCAGCGGCUACUUCACCAAAUGGAGAGGUUGAGAUCUUAGAACCAAGUCAAGGUCUAUCAGUUGAACAAGCAGUUUCAUUCAUGCAACGUAUCAUGUACAUGGCAGAUAUUUUGAUCUUCGCCAGCUCCACCAACUUCAGUGAAUUGGAACAUGAAAAGAAUAUGUCCAGUGGAGGAAUCCUAAGGCAGUGUCUAAGACUGGUUGCCACAACAACUGUACGUAACUGCCUGGAAUGCAGACAUAGACAGCAAGGUCGUAGUCCCCCAACCACCCCCACCCCAGGAACCCCCCGUAAUGGGGAGCAGACCCCCCUCAAUGAGCUCAUUAAGGGGGCACAGCCAUCCCGGGAGAAUCUGGUAGAACAUCUGGGCAGUCAAAACUCACCUAUUAAAGAUGCAGAGAGGUUGCUUCAAGAUAUGGACAUCAACAGGCUCCGUGCUGUUGUAUAUAGAGAUGUGGAGGAAACCAAACAGGCCCAAUUCUUAGCACUAGCCAUUGUCUACUUUGUAUCAGUAUUGAUGGUAUCAAAAUAUCGUGACAUUUUGGAACCAUCGAGAAGCCAGCCAUCUACUCCUGCCCGCAGUCGAUCUACAAGUGCAAUAGAAACACAGGGAACAACUGAUAACAUUCCAGAAAGAGAAACUGGUAGUAGUGAAGGCCAAGAGGACUCCUUGGCCUCAGACACAAAGGAGACAGACUCCAAGUCAGAUGAGCCUGGUGCUAGUGGUGAUGCUAAGGAGUCUCCAUCAGAAAAAGCAGACGACAUUGAAACAGUGCCAUCUAGCGAGCAAGCUGAAAGAGAUGUCAACCAGUCUACCCCAGUUCCAGAACCCUCACAAGCAGAAUCUUCCACCCCACUGGAACAGAAAACAGAUUCACCUGAUAAAAUUGAAGAAAGUGAAAGUAGUAAGAAUGAGGAAAAUAAGACAGAAAAUGCUGAUGGACCAAAACCUGAUACUGACAGUGAUACCAAGGAGUCUUCAGAACAAAAAGCUCAAGACCUUAGUGUCGGUGAUGGUGAUAAGGGGUCUGAGGGCACUAAGGCAGAAUCAGUUGAGGAGGAUGUUAAGGAAGAAACCACAAAGGAAGAAGAAAAGAUUGGCAUUGAAAAUGGAGAUGGAGAUCAUGCCAAAGAAAAGCCCAUUGCACAAGAACCUGAACCAACUUCUCCAGCAACCAUUGAUGUAAAUGUCAAUAUAGGGGGAGCCACUAUAGAUGAAUCCACUGAUGACACACCCCAAAAUAAUUCUGCAAUAAUUGAACCUGUGAAAACAGAAAUGGUAAAUGGGAUGGACACUGAGAAAGUACAAAAUGGUACAGAUGAGACAGAUUCUAAGCAGGAUGGUGGUAUUUCUUCGAUUGCUGUCACUCAGGGUAGUACUUUGGGAGACAACCAAGAGCGUCCAACAUCCCUCGAUCUGAGCCAGUCACAUAUUCCAAGUCCAGUGAGGAACCUUCCGAAUCCUGAGGUCAAAUCCGUCGCAAAUCUUACAGACCGUUUAGAGAAAUGCCUCGGGUCAGCAGCCCCUCUCCUCCGAGAAAUAUUUACAGAUUUUGCCCCAUUUUUAUCGAAGACACUUUUAGGGUCACAUGGCCAAGAAUUGUUGCUUAGCGGCACUGGUAUGAUGACAUUGAAACAGAGUACCUCCACAAUUGAACUAGUUAUGCUUCUAUGUUCACAAGAGUGGCAGAAUUCUCUACAAAAACACGCUGGGCUUGCAUUUAUUGAACUAGUCAAUGAGGGCAGGUUGCUGUCGCAUGCAACACGAGACCAUAUUGUACGUGUGGCCAAUGAGGCAGAAUUCAUAUUGAAUAGAAUGCGUGCAGAGGAUGUACAGAAACAUGCAGACUUUGAGUCUGUAUGUGCCACAACUCAACUUGAGAGACGAGAAGAGGAGAAAGUCUGCGAUCAUUUGAUAACAUCAGCUAGACGUCGCGACCACGUUGUUGCUUCUAAAUUACUUGAUCGUGUCAUAAACCUUUUGACCAAUAAACAUGGGGCAUGGGGUGAACAUGAUCAAAAGAGGAAUGAAUUUUGGAAACUCGAUACAUGGGAAGAUGACUCCAGGAGAAAACGUCGAUUUAUUCACAAUCCUGUAGGCUCAAGUCAUCCCGAGGCCACUCUCAAGGCAGCGAUCGAACAUGGUGCUACAGAAGAUGCUAUAAACCAGGCGAGAGAAGCGUUCCACGCUCAUGUUGCAUCCAUGAAGAAAUCCCGCCAGCAGGAGGAUGAGGAUGACAACUCACUGCUUGAUGAGAGAGAACUGGAUCAAGAAUUUGUUGGUCCCGUAGCAGUAUCAACAAAAUGUAAACUUUUGGCCCCAGGAGUUGCCGUAAAUGGUCAGAUGUCAAUUACAAAGACGGAACUAUAUUUUGAGAUGGAUGAAGAUGACCCGGAGAACAAGAAAAUCGAUCAAAACGUGUUGCAGUAUGUUGAUGCACUUCAUGGGAAGUGGCAUUUCAAUGAGAUUCGUGCCAUAUUCGCCCGCAAGUACCUCCUCCAGGCCACAGCGAUUGAAGUGUUCAUGGCCAGUAGAACUGCUGUGAUGUUUGCCUUUCCGGACCAUGCAACAGUAAAGAAGGUUGUGAAUGGCCUGCCCAGGGUUGGAGUAGGAGUCAAGUAUGGAUUGCCACAGGCAAGGCGUACCUCACUAGCGUCCCCGAAGCAGUUGUUCAAACAGUCAGGAAUGAUGCAAAAAUGGCAGAGACGAGAAAUCUCCAACUUUGACUAUAUCAUGUACUUGAACACAGUUGCAGGACGUUCCUACAAUGACUUGAACCAAUACCCCGUGUUUCCAUGGGUCAUUGUCAAUUACGAGUCUGCAGAACUUGACUUAAGCCUGCCUAGUAACUUUAGAGAUCUAUCCAAGCCUAUUGGAGCCCUGAAUCCGAGCCGUAAAGCGUUCUUUGAUGAGCGCUACACCAGUUGGGAGAAUGACACGAUCCCUCCAUUCCACUAUGGGACGCAUUACUCAACCUCCGCCUUUACUCUCAACUGGCUACUCAGGAUUGAGCCAUUCACAAGCAUGUUCCUAAACCUCCAAGGGGGAAAGUUUGACCAUGCUGACCGUACAUUCCAUUCAAUAGCUCAGUCCUGGAAGAAUUGUCAAAGAGAUACCAGUGAUGUCAAGGAGUUGAUCCCAGAGUUUUUCUACCUUCCGGAUAUGUUUGUGAAUAACAACAGUUACAAACUUGGCAAGAUGGAUGAUGGUGUGUCUGUAGACAAUGUUGAAUUACCCCCCUGGGCUAAAACUCCAGAGGAUUUUGUACGCAUAAACAGAAUGGCAUUAGAGACAGAGUUCAUAUCUUGCCAGUUGCAUCAUUGGAUAGACCUGAUCUUUGGCUAUAAACAGAAAGGACCAGAGGCGGUUAGGGCUACAAAUGUAUUCUAUUAUCUCACAUACGAGGGAAGUGUAGACCUGGAGAAAAUGACAGAUCCUGUUAUGAAAGCGGCUAUAGAAAACCAGAUUCGUUGUUUUGGACAAACACCCUCUCAGUUGCUGACUGAACCCCACCCACCUCGAAGCUCAGCCAUGCAUGUGAGUCCUAUGAUGUUCACUGGGCAACAGGAUGACGUUUGUAUGAUUAUGAAGUUUCUUUCAAAUUCUCCUGUAUGUCAUCUUUCUUGCAAUACCCACCCGGCAGUUCCGUCCCCCUCCGUCACAGCCAUCACGUGUAACCAUAACUUCUCCAUCAAUAAAUGGAAUCAAAAUACAGGUGCUUCUACGCCAGCUCCAAGCUAUGAGAACAAAUCUGAGAAUACACCACAGCUCCCUCUAUCAAUGGACCAGUUGCUAGUUUAUGGAACUGGAUUACACAGACGUAACCUUGGCAACAACUUUGAUGAGAGAUUUAAAUUCCGUCACACUUCAUUCCUGACAACUGCUGACAAUAGGAACAUUAUGGCAUGUGGAUUCUGGGAUAAAAGUUUCCGCAUUUUUGCCACGGAUUCGGCCAAAUUUGUCCAGAUAGUUUAUGGCCAUUUUGAUCUGGUUACGUGCCUAGCAAGAUCCGAGUGCAACGUCAACCAAGACUGUUACGUCGUAACUGGUUCCCGAGACUGUACAGCUAUGGUAUGGCAUUGGAACUCCAAGGCUGGAGCUAUCCUGGGAGACAAUGGAAGUGUAGAGAACCCGACCCCAAAGGCCACAUUGACAGGUCACCAAGAGGAAGUGACGUGCAUCGUCGUAUCUGCUGAACUUGGUAUCGUCAUAUCUGGUUCAUACAAUGGUCCAAUACUUGUUCAUACCACGACAGGGGAACUGCUACGUUCACUCGAUGCCCCAGACAACUUUAGGUCCCCAAAACUUAUCACUAUGAACAGAGAGGGUUACAUUGUUGCCAACUAUGAAAAAGGAAAUGUUUGUCUGUUUGGGUUAACAGGAAAGCUGUUGAGAUCGAUGGAACACAAUGAUAAUGUAUUGUGCACUGCUAUGAGUAGGGAUGGUCAGUACUUAAUGAUGGCAGGAGACAAUGGGAUUGUUGAGGUGUGGCGCACACAUGACCUUAACCUUCUAUACACCUACCCCACCUGUGACACACGUAUACAUUCCUUGGCUCUCGCACAUGAUCAGAGGUACCUCUUGGCUGGUCUCGGUACAGGUUGUAUCAUAGUGUUUAACAUAGACUUCAACAAGUGGCACCAUGAAUUCCAGGACAAAUACAGAGGAGCCCAAUAGUAAAACAAACAUAGGUGGCACCACAAAUUCCACAACAAAUACAGGGGCCCAAUAGUAGGACAAACAUAACUGGCACCAUAAAUUCCAGGACAAAUAUAUAGCACCAUACACAAAUUUAAGUGACAACAUAAUUUUAAGACAAAUAUAGUGGCUCAGUCGUACCCUAGGACAAAUUUAAAUGUAACAAAUUCAAGGACAAGUAUAAGGGGCCAAAGGUUUCUCUGGACAAACCUAGGAGGCACAAUAAAAGCUAGAACUGCUAAAGGGGACCAAUUGUUAGGUACCACAAACUCCAGUCAAACAUGUACCAUAGGGUCAAAUGAAAUAAAUUGCCAAAUAGAAAGGCUGGAUUGAUUCCUUUGGACACACAUAGGUGGCGCUAUGGUAUAUAAAUUAAAAUUACAGUGAGAAGAAAAUGUAAAAAAUAAUUCAAUUUCCACCACAAAAAUGUUCAAUUUGAAGGUUUACUUAAAAGUGUCAUGCGUCAAUAUGAUGUCAAGUGAUGUCACUUGUUAGUGAUGCCAUGAAUAGUCAACUCAAAUGAGUUAAACAUGUGAAUGAAAAAUUACAAAAUAUGGACAUUUUAUAAAUGUGC